AUCCAAUAGAAAAGAAGACCGGCCAAGCGCUUCCGGGGUGGGCGGAUGGGCGGAAGAUGGCGGCGGCGGGGAGCGGGCACCUGGGUGCCCUGCUGAGAUUUUUUUACUCAUUAUUGUUUCCUGGACUAACUGUAUGUGGAGUCUUGUGUAUAUGUUUGGUCAUUGUCCUUUGGAUAAUCAGACAGCAUCUACAGAGGAAAAAAAAGUCAGUCUCAACCAGCAAAAAUGAGAAAGAUCAAAUGGUGGUUGCAUUUUUCCAUCCAUACUGCAAUGCUGGCGGUGGAGGAGAGAGGGUUUUAUGGUGUGCUUUGAGAGCACUGCAAAAAAGGUACCCUGAAGCAGUUUAUGUCGUUUAUACUGGUGAUGUUAAUGUCAGUGGUCAACAGAUACUAGAAGGUGCUUUCAGAAGAUUUAAUAUCAGAUUAGUUCACCCAGUGCAGUUUGUUUUCUUAAGGAAACGCUACCUUGUGGAAGACGGUCGUUAUCCUCACUUCACAUUGCUGGGCCAAAGUCUUGGAUCCAUUCUUCUUGGCUGGGAAGCUCUGAUGCAGUGUGUUCCUGAUGUUUACAUUGAUUCAAUGGGAUAUGCCUUCACACUCCCUCUGUUUAAAUACAUAGGGGGUUGUCGAGUUGCAAGCUAUGUUCAUUAUCCCACUAUCAGCACUGACAUGCUCUCUGUAGUGAAGAAUCAAAAUACUGGAUUUAAUAAUGCAGCGUUCAUCACCAAGAACCCUCUGCUCAGCAGAGCAAAGCUCAUCUACUACUAUUUAUUUGCUUUUAUUUAUGGCCUUGUUGGUUCUUGCAGUGAUGCAGUCAUGGUGAAUUCUUCUUGGACACUAAACCAUAUUCUCUCUCUGUGGAAAGUUGGGCAUUGCACUAGCAUUGUUUAUCCACCUUGUGAUGUGCAGACAUUUCUGGACAUUCCCUUACACGAGAAAAAGAUGACCUCAGGACAGUUGCUGGUUUCCAUUGGCCAGUUCAGGCCUGAAAAGAAUCACCCUUUGCAGAUCAGAGCCUUUGCUAAAUUGCUCGGUAAGAAGAGAGCUGAGUCAUUCCCUUCACUUAAACUCAUCCUUAUUGGAGGGUGUCGUAACAAAGAUGAUGAAUUUAGGGUAAACCAGCUGAGAAGCCUGUCUGAGGAGUUAGGAGUUCAAGAAGAUGUGGAGUUUAAAAUAAACAUUUCAUUUGAUGAGUUAAAGAAUUACUUGUCUGAAGCAGCAAUUGGACUGCAUACCAUGUGGAAUGAGCAUUUUGGGAUUGGAAUUGUGGAGUGCAUGGCAGCUGGCACAAUUAUCCUUGCUCACAAUUCAGGGGGGCCGAAGCUUGACAUCGUCAUCCCUCACGAAGGACACAUAACUGGAUUUCUGGCUGAGAGUGAAGAAGGCUAUGCGGACGCCAUGGCUCACAUUCUUUCUCUGUCUGCAGAAAAGAGACUUCAAAUCAGAAAAAAUGCUAGAGCAUCUGUAAGCAGAUUCUCAGACCAAGAGUUUGAAGUGUCAUUCCUGUCUUCUGUGGAGAAGUUAUUUAAAUAAUGCUAGCUCUGUAAAAAUUAUGGAAUUUUUUUUAAUUAAUUUUUUUUUUUUAUCCUUUUUGAGACAGUGUCUCUCUGCAGCCCCAGCUGGCCUGGACCUCACUAUGUAGACCAGGCUGGCCUGGAUCUCACAGAGAUCCUCCUGCCUCUGCCUCCCAAGUGCUGGGAUUAAAGGCAUACACCACCACACCCCACUGGAUAGUUUAUAUAAAGCACAAAUGGGGAUGUAAAUCAAUGGUAGAGUCUGUGCUUAAUAUGUGCAAGGCCCUGAGUUCCAUCCCCAGCACCAAAAAAUAAAAUGAAAUGCUUCAUUUCCAAACACCUUCAUAUGUAAAUACUUUUCUAAAUCCAUUCUCUAUUAUAAUAAAGGCAGUCUGAGUUGUAUUCUCAGCAAUAUGUA